AUGCCCAGCCCUGGGCUCUUCCUGUUGCUGUUGCUGCCCCCUCCACUGCUGAGUGCAGGGAGCUUCCAGCAUAGCAUCCCGAACUGGAGAAAUUUCCACCACCUUGACCUUGGCUGGAGAACCAUUCACCGCUACCUCAGCCCAGACUGGAGAAGCUUCCACAGGGGCGCCAGUCAUCACAGGAGCAAAGCAAACAAGUUGUAUGACUGCGAUGGUGUCUUUGACCUCUACGUCGUCUUGGAUGCGUCGGACAGCGUAAGCAGAUCCUGGAAUGACAUUUGUGAUUUAGUAGAAAAACUGUUGAAGAGGUUUACAAACCCUAACCUGCGGAUGUCCCUCAUCACCUACUCCUCAUACGGCAACGUUGUCCUAAAGCUCACCUCAGACAGAAAUGAGCUAAAACGUGGUCUUAAAAGACUUCGGGAUGUAGUGCCCUCAGGACCCAGAAACAUGCAGGCAGGAUUGAGAAAGGCAAAUGAGCAGAUUUCGAGAGUUUUCUACAAUAACAGGAAAGCUGCCAGCCUAGUUUAUGCUCUGACCGCUGGACCACUGCUGCCAUCGACAUUACGGGAUGCUAAGAAUGAAGCCAGCAGGCUUCGGAAUAUGAAGACCAAGGUUUACUGCCUGGGUGUAAAAGACUAUCAGAGAGACCAGCUGAUUCAAAUUGUAGAAGGAAAGACCCACAUGUAUGAUGUGCCCAAAUCCAGUGAUAAGGAAGGCUUUAUUAUAUCGCUCGUGGGAAAUUCCUGUAAGGAAGUUAUGGGUGGGGACACAUUCUAUGCCUGUGUAAGAGAAUCCUACCAACUUGGGUUUUAUGCAUAUGGCCUAAGUCCAGACAGAAUGAAAGACUAUACUUGCAGAUAUAAGUUGGACAAAACCGAAGUCUUCACUAAACCACCUAACUCAGUGACUGAAGAAAAAAUAAUUUGCCCAGGACAUAUUUUUCUUAAGGCUGGACAGGUGGUCGUUGUUGAUUACUCUCUGGACCUGGGCAAUACCUGGAGUGAGAGAAGCUUGAAAAUCACCAGCAAGGACUGUCAUGAGACUGUGGAGCCCCCAGCUGUCCCAACUACAACCACAGUGACCACAGUUCCUACCACUGUCAGGACCAGUAGGACGACAACAAGGACAACGACGACCCCAACGCCUACAACUGUCAGGACCAGUAGGACGACAACAAGGAUGACAACGACCCCAACGCCUACAACUGUCAGGACCAGUAGGACGACGACAAGGACGACGACGACCCCAACGCCUACAACUGUCAGGACCAGUAGGACGACGACAAGGACGACGACGACCCCAACGCCUACAACUGUCAGGACCAGUAGGACGACGACAAGGACGACGACGACCCCAACGCCUACAACUGUCAGGACCAGUAGGACGACGACAAGGACGACGACGACCCCAACGCCUACAACUGUCAGGACCAGUAGGACGACAACAAGGACGACGACAACAAUGAUGACAACGAAGACCACAGUGCCUACCACUGUCACCGUGACAACUGUUGUCACAACCACAGUGACUACAGUUGUCACAGAGGAGGAGACCACAGUGCCCAUGGUUGUCACCCAGAGCCCAGUUCCCAGCAAUCCUCUCUUGUACCCUACACUCAUCCCGUCCCUGGUCGUGAUACCAUUGCUGCUUGUCUGCAUCUGCUGCUGCAAGAGGAUCGUCAAGGAGCCACCAGCAGCCCAGAAACCAGAAAAAAAGCCAUGCCCUGUACAGACCAGGGUGAUUGUCUCCUGCUGUGGGUGCCAAGAAGACAGGAUAAAACAGAUGGAGGGAAAACUGGAUACUUUUUAUGACUUUGUCCAGCACUGCAGCCAGGUGCCAUUGAUGUGGUGUCCGCCCAGGGACAUGGGGAGGUGCACCAACUUCACCUUAAUGAAUCCCCACUGCACACAAAUGUUCUGCGGCCCAAAGAUCUGCCUUCAACCCAGCCAGGAGUGCUUCCCCCUCAGUAGCUGCUGUUCACAUGGUCAACAUCUCCCACCCAUACGCUCUCAGUCACUCUCCAGGAUGCUGCCACUGAUCCCUCCUACUGCCCGGAAGCUCUGCAGAAGUACUUUGUCACUCCCACCCCCAUAGACCAACAUCUAAAGCACCAAAAACACAAAAUUGUUAAGAGCCCCUUUUGUACUGAAUUGGACACAUAUAUUGUGUUUUGGCUUACAGUCAAAAGGAGUUGGGAUUUGUUGUUGAUUAGCAAGAGAGUUUGUUACCUGGUGAGCACUGCUCCACUGUAUGAGAUGCAGCUAUACUGCUCCGCCAGGACAAAGCACCCUGGUGUCCUGUGGAUGUAGACACGAUGAGUCUCAUUCCCCACAGACAGGUCUUCAUCUGUCACCAUGGGUUGAGAUACGUGGGGUUUUAGCCAAAAUAUGCUCUUUCCAAAAAGCCCACAAUAUCUUUGAUGUAUGAAUACAGUCUGGUGUCCAUUA